AUGUCCUCAUCCUCAUCCCCCUUCGACCCUCCCCUCGACAAGCCCCGCCACCUGCGCUACUGGCAGCGCUGCGCCCGCACGCUUCUGCCCCACCACUACACGCCCAACGACAGCCAGCGCCUGACCCUCGGCUUCUUCAUCAUCGCCGCCAUCGACCUGCUCUCCUCUCCCACAGACCAGAAGCCCCUCCUCACCCCGGCAGACCGCCGCAGCCUGCGCGCCUGGGUCCUGUCGUGCCAGCACCCCCACGGUGGAUUCUGCGGCAGCCCGUCCCACGUUUUCCCCCGCGCCCAAUAUGACGACCGCGACGCAGGCGGAAAUGCGAACAUCGCGGCGACCUACUUCGCGCUGCUGUUGCUGCCCAUGCUGACGGAGGCUGAUCAAGCCGAGGGGGGCGCGUACGCAGGUGUCGACCGGGCCAAGACGCUGAGGUGGCUCCGGAGGCUGCAGAGGGUCGACGGCGACGGGAGCUUUGGCGAGGUCGUAUAUGAGCUGCCUUCUUUUGAAACCACAGAUGAAAGACAAGACGGAGACGAAAGGAGCAGGAGGUACAUGAUCGGCGGCGGCAAGGACAUGCGCUACUGCUACCUCGCCGCCUCCAUCCGGUGGAUGCUCCGCGGCGACGUGCCCGAGGGCGACGGGGCCUACGUCGAGGAUAUCGACGUCGCCGCGCUGGUGCGCCACAUCCACCGCAGCCAGUCGUACGACGGCGGCUUCUCCGAGAGUCUUGGCCACGAGAGCCACGCCGGGUAUGCGUACUGCGCCGUCGCGGCCUUGGCCCUGCUAGACCGGCCUACCGGGGGCGGCACAUCCGGUUCCGAAGCGGGAGAGCAAAAGACACCAUCUACACAUCACACACAGAGCAGGUCGUUACAGGAGGGAAUAGGGGAUAUACCAGGCUUCAUAUCCUUCCUCGUCUCCAGGCAGUUCGCAUACCUCGACGCCCAGGAGAAGAAGGCGGAAGAAGAGGACGACGAGGACCCCGAGACCGCGAACUUCCAGAUGGCUGGGCUCUCCCUCUCUGAAUCCCACGACGACACAAACCACAUCGGCUUUAACGGCCGCUGUAACAAGGUCGCCGACACGUGCUACACCUGGUGGGUCCUCGGCUCGCUGUCCAUACUGGGAGUCCUCGACGACGCCUCCCGAACCUCCGGCUCGUUCCCAUCACCCAACACAGUCGGCCCAGCGGCCCUGGGCGCGGCCCGGACCUUCCUCCUCGACAAGACCCAGCACGCCAUCGGCGGCUUCGGCAAGCGCGCCGGCGAUCCCCCAGAUAUCUACCACUCCAGCCUGGGCCUCUUCGCCCUGGCCACCAUGGGCGACCCGUCGCUGAAGAAGGUCGAUGCCGGGCUGGCCGUCAGCGUGGACACGGUCAGGAAGAUCGAGGCCGGGAGGAAGGGGCUGCUGAGGAGGGCGAGGCAGGGCGAGGACGGCGGGGGUGCCGCCUCGGGAGCUGGGUAUGGGAAGGCCCUGGUGGACAUGGCCGUCUCCAUGGGGAGUGGUGGCGAGAGGCCUGCAUGGUUGGACGUUACAGUGUGA